CAUGAUUCGCUGCUGGGGGGAGUUUCUUCUUGAAGACGAAGGACGGACUGGGGGACGUUUUCAAACCCAGCAGUAAACUGGACGUCACACGUAGCCCCCUAGUCCAGCUACUGUUCAUGGUCAAUAUUUUUGGGGGAAAUUACUGUUUUUACAAGCUACGUAGUUUUAUCUUCACGAUCUGAAUGAACAGGCAGAACCCGAUGGGUAAUUGAAAAGGUCCAUGAUGAGUGUGCUGGGCCGUAGCUAGUCACGCGGUGGGAGGGAGGACGCCCAGGAUGGCGUCCGCACCACCAGCACAAUGCACCAUGGCCAAACCUGGGACAGACCGAGAUGGAGCCGUGGUUGGGAAGAAGAACAAAGAUAAGAUUUCCCCGUUCACAAAGACUCUGAAGUUGGACCGGAGUAAGUUGUUGGGGGUUAAGGAAGGAAAACCACCCAAGUCUUCCAUGAAACGCAAACUGUCCUUCACCAUGAGCCCCCCUCGCAACGAGGAGAGACACUCCGACACAGAUGAGUCAGACCCAGGCCAGUCCACUGAGUCCUGGGGAGAGUCUGAGGGGAGGUUAGUGACUCCCUGCAGGAUGUACUCAGCAGAUAAAGAUGGCCCGGAUAAGAAGAAAGUCAAGAAGGAGUCUGGGGGGAGUAAGAAGGCCCAGGUUAAUCUCCUGUUUGGUUACCCGCUGUCGGAACGCAAGCAGAUGGCCCUCCUGAUGCAGAUGACCGCCAGGGACAACAGCCCAGACUCGACCCCCAGCCACCCGUCCCAGGCCCCCACGGUGCAGAAGAAGCUCCCCAGCAGCACGGCCUCCAGAGCUAGGGACAAGGUGAACAAGAGGAACGAGCGUGGCGAGACGCCGCUACACAUGGCCGCCAUACGAGGGGAUGCCAAGCAUGUCAAGGAGCUUAUCAGCCUCAGAGCUGACGUCAACAUUAAAGACUUUGCCGGCUGGACCCCUCUUCACGAGGCGUGUAACCUUGGUUACUACGACGUGGCCAAGGUUCUGAUUGCAGCCGGAGCAGAAGUCAACACCCAGGGCCUGGAUGACGACACUCCGCUUCACGAUGCUUCCAGCAGUGGACACACAGACAUUGUGAAGCUGCUGCUGACACACGGAGGUAAUGCGUUCCAGGCCAACAAGCGAGGGGAGCGGCCCGUGGACAUCGCUGAUUCCCACGAGCUGGAGCUCCUCCUAAAGGGAGAGGUGCCCCUCUCAGACCCAGAGGACAGCCCCUCAGAGUCAGAAGGCCCUCCGUCGGUGAAUCCCUCCAGCGUGGACGUUGAUGACGACCACCUGGAUGACUCGGACGUGGAAAAGGACUCUGAAGGAAAGCAGAGCACCGUGAAGGCCUCAUCCUCCAUGUCCGGGUUGGAUGAGUAUGAGUUCAAAGACGAAGAGGACUUGAGUAAAGCCCUGAACGAUCGACACAUCCUCCGGAGAGAGCUGAGGGAGAAGGAAAGGAAUCAUUUGGUGAAGCAGAGCAAUAAAGGGGGCGGGAGCGGCUCAGUCCAGUCCUCGAAGUCUAAGAAGACGAAGACGUCGUCCCGUGUUCGCUACUGCAGCUCGGAUAGUUCCAGUGAUGAGAUGGAGAUGCCAACAGAGAGAAGGAGCUCUCCGACCUGCUCCAACGGCUCUGAGGGACACAAGGCGUCAGACGCCAGCAGGACUAAGAAAGAGAACCUCUGCAGCCUCACGACUUCAGAACAGAAAGAAAAAAGCAGCAAAGUCAAGAAAAAGAACAAGAACCAGAGCAAGAACAAGGAGAACCAGGAGGACGAGAAGGAGAACAGCAAAGCUCUGGUGUUUUCCGUAGCCACCGUGUCUGUGUCGGAGACACACAUUGACAAGAACAGCCGAGGACUCUGUGGGGACGAGGACUCGUUCAAAAUCUCCUUCAGUCCCAAGGACGACUCGUCCGUCCACCUUUUCCACCUGUCCGCCACCGUCAAGUCCCCAAAGCUCAACUACGGUCUGGCCGACAAACAGCCGUCCUCCAACCCGCUCAAACAGGAGAACGCCAAGAUGACGUGCGUUUCGAUUGCAGAAGGCCCCUGUCCGCCAGAUGGUGUCAAGUACAACCACUACAACCCAGAGUCUGAGUUCUGCACGGAGAGCUCCAGUAGCAAAGGCUGCAAGCACAAGGAGAAGAGCAAGCACCACCAGAAGGACGUCGCCGUGGACUGUAGCGUCGGGGGCGGCGGCUCCAGUUCGCAUAAUAAAGAACGCAGCGUGGUCCACAGCUCUGACGGUGGUGCCUUACGGAAGACUGACAAAGAUGGCAAAGUGGUCAAAAAACAUAAACUAAAACACAAGGAGAAGAACAACCACUGCAGGGAGUAUGAGGCGGACAGCGAGAGGAACCGCCACCGGCAGAAGGAGGGCGGCAGGAAGGACGGCCAAAAGAACCAGGAGUUCGACAGGGAGUUCUGGAAAGAGAACUUCUUCAAUGACGACGAACCUCCGCCUCCAGGGAAAACUGAGACCGAGAGGGAGGACGGCUCUCCUGUGACGGAAGAGAGAGGGACGAAAGAAAUAUACCCCUCUAGCAUCGGCAAUGAGACGAGGCUGAGAGAGGUGCAAGAGAAGGAUAAAGACAAGGUGGUGAAGAAGGAAGGGAAGGAAACCUCUGCUGUCUGUAAAGAGAAAGGAGGAAAAGAUGUGAAGCCCAGUGAGCGUGAGGAGAGGACAGAGUGCCUCAGCUCCACCUCUGGACUGACUACCUCUCUUCCGGAGGAGACGCAGCAUAACACUACAAGCGUGAAAGAUGAACCGGAGGAUAAACCGGUACCGGAGACCAUGUCUUCGGCUGAUCUAGCCCGACUGGAUGCCUCUGAGCAAGACCAGCGGGACAAAUCUGACAGGAGGCCUUCUGUAAAAGAACGGGAGACUGAUAAAAAGAAUCCCGAUAAGGAGAAGAAGGUUAAGAUGGAGCACCUGGAGAAAUCAGAGAAUUCGCAAAAUUCCAUGGAUCGCUGGAGGGAGAAGGAGAGGAUGGCGUCUGGCUCAUCUCAUUUGUCCCCUGGUGACAAGAACCACAAAGAGAGCGAAAAGCUAAGAGCCAUGUCCACGACAAAAAAACAUGAAGAGAGCAAGGACAAGAAGAGCAAAGAGAAGCCCGAUAAGAAGAGUGAGAGGGAGAGGCAGGAGAGGGAGUACAGAGACAAAGAUAGGAUAGGCUGGGAUAACAAAGGAAAACCACCCUCAGAGAAAUGCACUGAUCAAAGUAAAUUGGAUCGUGCUAAGGAGAAAGACAAAGACUGCGAUAAGAAGAAAAGGGAAAAAUCUAAAGACGGCUCUUCAUCUUCCUCUAACCUGAAGCUCUCCUUGGAGGAGAAGAAAGGCUAUGUGUCUGAAAGUGGCAAGACCACACCAGCAAAACUGCUAAAGGAGGAGGUCCUGAAAACGCCAGAGAAAGACCGAGACCGAAGAGACAGAGAAUCCAGAGACUUUGACCGGCACAGAGAUCGAGACAAAGAUCGCCACAAGAGCGACAAGGACCGUUCCAAGGAGGGCAGCAAGGCCUGUAAGACCAAAUCCUACGAGACUGAGACUGACCGAGACAACAGGUCCAAAGCUAAAGCCUCGCCUGCUACCCGGGAAGAGAAGCGACCCAAAGAGAAACGUCUGGUCAACGAGGACCUGAGGCAGACCAGCUUCGAACGAAUGCUGAGUCUGAAGGACCAGGAGAUUGAACAGUGGCACCGGAAGCAUCUAGAAAAGAUCAAACAGAAGGAGAGAGAGAGGAUGAAACAACGACCCUCCUCUACGACAACAGACCCAGGGAAGCUCAAAAGCAAAGCCAAGACGAUGUCCUUGUCAUCUGGAGAACAGUGUUCGAGCAAAGAACUGCUUCGCUCCAAGAGCUCCGAAGGCUCUGGCGACGCUCAUGGCCGGGACCGAGACAAACCUAUAAAGGAGAGCACCAGCUCCAGGACCAUGUCCCUAGACGGGAAAACACUCUCCUCCCUCAGUGGGAAGUUGAUGGCUGGUAUUGAGAACAGCUUGAGCAGGUCCCCCAGGCCGGAGAGCGAGCGGUCGGGUCUCAUGUCCAGAUCCGUGUCCAUGUUCUCCAUGGCCAGUUCUGAGGACUCCUGUCAGGCAACCAUGUUGACGCCGAGACCCGUAGAGUACGACUCGGAUAUGACCCUGGAUGCCUCCCAGGAUUCUCAGCCGCUUUUCCAACUGUCUUCCCUCCUCUCACAGUCUAGAUCACCUGCCGUUCACGACAAAGACCACAACGGUCUUCCAGACUCAGCGCAAGGUAACAGGACUCCGCUGCAGAGCCGACACACUUCCCCUUACCUUAUAGCUAUUCUGGACGAGGAAGCAAACUCUGCGACGGCAGGUAAACAUUUUGAAACUCUGUCAAAGGCCAGCGUGGUGCCUGCUGCUCAACCAAAUGAAGAGCCUUCAGGUUUUCAGCUUCCUUCAGAAACCUGUGCAGAUCUGGAGGAGAGCCAGAGUCAAAGGGGUCCUACUCAGAUGCUUCCAAAUCUCCCUAAUGCUAGAACAUAUGCAGAUCUCAACACUGAGAGUGAAGGUAACACCGCUCCAAGAACCGAUGCAGAUCUCAACACCGCUUCAGGUGUCCGUCUUCCACCUCAAGCGUCCAACACCAGAGAUCCUCUUGUAAAGGACUCCUCAACACAUCAACAGGCUAGUGUCCAACAGCUAGCUACGCCAGAACAGAGAGGGUUUUCUUCCACCUCUGAUCCUCUCCUAAUACGGGACGUCCAGUGUAUCCCCGUUGAGACCUUCACUGCGGCGCCCGAAUGUAGCACGAAGUACUUGACGACACUGGUGACAUUAUCUUCUCUAUCCUGUCAACUGCCGUUCUCCAGCACCGAAACAAACUCAUCUCUCUCUGCUAGCCAGUCACGGGAAACCCUUCCAAACACCAGUACGGUGAACUCGCAGCAGACAAAGACAGAGAUUGGUGGAGAUUUGGUUCUUGAUCCUAAAGAUACAACUCCAGUUGAGUGUGCAGCCAGCAGCUCUGAAAACAGAGUAGCUGUAGAGAGCCUUGACAGUGUGUUAGGAGCGUCUCGACCAGGAGCGAUGGACAACCCAGUAGCCUCCACCAGCAGAGUUAGUACAGAGGAAUCUAUGCAGAGUAGAACCAAUGAAUCUCAAGAGGACAUGGACACUGACGCAAGCUUUCAGGAUUGUAAGCAAUCCAGAUUCGCCAGUGACGUUGUCGACUCCAGCGAUCCUCAACCGGGGAAAAACGAUCAUGCUAGCCAGCAUACACGAUCUACUGUGUCGCGAUGGCCGUGCCUUGAACACGAAUCGGAAGAAACUUCUGAUACACCCGACAACACAUUGGAGAAGAGCAGAGGUCCUGAGGUCAUGUCUAUAGGAAGGACUAGUUGUCGGUCUUCGUCACAGGGCAGUAAUAUGGUCACCGUCCCUGAGGUGAAAUUAGAGCCGUGCCCAGAGCCAAUGGAAGUGGCUUCUACCUCUGAGGAGACAUCAGAAGGACAGACACUGUCCGAUGCUUCUGGACAGUGUAGUAACAUCCAGCAAGGCUCGCAGACAGACCAGAGUGGUAGUAGUGGUAGUUACAGCUGCAGCGGGUUCUCUGCUAGCUCUUCCCCCCAGUCUGGGGACAGAGACUCUGACUCCUCCGGGGCUAAGGCCAAGGUCCGCUCCCUAACCACGGAAGAGGACCAGGACGUCCAGCAGACCCACCCCAGGAAGAGGAAAAUGCCAAGGAUGUCUACCUCAAACCACGCCGGAGGCAGCACACAACAGGGGAUGGAGAAGCCUCAGCCGUCUCUGGCGGCCAUCGUUGACUCUCUGAAGCUGGAGGAGAUUCAGCCGUACCAGACGGAGAGGGCCAACCCUUACUACGAGUUCCUGCACAUCCGCAAGAAGAUCGAGGAUAACCGCAAAGUGCUGCUGAGCGUCACCCCCCAGCCGCCGCAGUAUUACGACGAAUACGUGACGUUUACAGGAUCGUACCUGCUAGACGGGAACCCCUUCGGUAAACUCUGUAUUCCGACUAUAACUGCCCCUCCGUCUCUACCGGACCAACUGAAGGAGAUGUUUAGACAACAGGAAGUUGUUCGUAUGAAGCUACGCUUGCAACACAGCAUUGAACGGGAAAAGUUAAUUGUUUCCAACGAACAGGAAGUGUUAAGAGUUCACUACCGGGCUGCCAGAACACUAGCCAAUCAGACGCUCCCGUUUAGUGCGUGCACCGUGCUAUUGGACGCCGAGGUGUACAACAUGCCGCAGGAUGCCCAGGCAAGUGGCAUGAUGUCACGUACUGUAGAAUCAGGAGACCAAGAUGGCAAGACGUCUGUGAGGGAUCGUUUCAACGGCCGCCAGUUUAUGUCCUGGUUGCAAGACGUGGACGACAAGUUUGAUAAACUCAAGACGUGUCUUCUGAUGAGGCAGCAGCACGAGGCAGCAGCUCUUAAUGCUGUCCAGCGUCUCCAUUGGCAGCUGAAACUCCAGGAGCUGGAUCCAGUUGUGUACAAGUCCACCUCCAUCUUCGAGAUACCCGAGUUCUACAUCCCCCUGGUAGAGGUCAACGACGACUUUGACCUCACGCCCAUAUGACCCGUGACCUUUAGGCUACACGACCCACGGUAAGGGUCAGGCAGAGGACUGAUGAGGACGGAUCAUCUAGUGGCCAUCUACCUCGAACAGGAAUGAAGUGAUGGAGGGGGUCACAUUACAAGGAAUGAAGUAGAGAGAAGAAAGGUCAAGCACUGAAGUUGACGGAACUUGGGGGUGUGGUAGAUCACCGCUCUUGGGGGUGCGUGGUUAGAGAGCACCGCUCUUGGUGGUGCGUGGUUAGAGAGCAACGCUCUUGGGGGUGCGUGGUUAGAGAGCACCGCUCUUGGGGGUGCGUGGUUAGAGAGCACAGCUCUUGGGGGUGCGUGGUUAGAGAGCACCGCUCUUGGGGGUGCGUGGUUAGAGAGCACCGCUCUUGGGGGUGCGUGGUUAGAGAGCGCACCGCUCUUGGGGGUGCGUGGUUAGAGAGCGCACCGCUCUUGGGGGUGCGUGGUUAGAGAGCGCACUGCUCUUGGGGGUGCGUGGUUAGAGAGCGCACCGCUCUUGGGGGUGCGUGGUUAGAGAGCGCACCGCUCUUGGGGGUGCGUGGUUAGAGAGCGCACCGCUCUUGGGGGUGCGUGGUUAGAGAGCGCACCGCUCUUGGGGGUGCGUGGUUAGAGAGCGCACCGCUCUUGGGGGUGCGUGGUUAGAGAGCGCACCGCUCUUGGGGGUGCGUGGUUAGAGAGCGCACCGCUCUUGGGGGUGCGUGGUUAGAGAGCGCACCGCUCUUGGGGGUGCGUGGUUAGAGAGCGCACCGCUCUUGGGGGUGCGUGGUUAGAGAGCACCGCCCUGUGGAGACUACCAUGCCUGUGCCCUCUGCACCUUCCUCACCAGGCAGGGUUACGAAAAAAAAAGAAUUCAAUUCUACUUUUGUUUUCAAGUGCGUUUUGUUCAAUACAUAAUGUACAGACUUGUGCUCUUAAUUAUUAUUUUUUAACUUAUUUUCUACGUAAAGAUUGUGCAUUUGUAAAUAACCCAUGUAAUUAUGGUUUUGAACUUGUACAGGGAAAAAAUAAGUAAUAGAUAUUUUAAUCGUAAAAGGUUAUUUUGUUUUGUCUGGACCAAAGUUGUUUUUUAUAUUGAGUCGGUGUCAAGUUCCUUGUUGUUAUUAUUGUUAAAGUCGAUGUUAUUGGCUUAAGUCUUGAAGCAUGUGUUGGCUCGGAUUUGGUUCCGUUUGGUUCUGUUGUUUCCUCCGUCUCCAUUUCCCCUCUGGACUGGAGUUGGAUCCAGGCACCACAACGAGGUGUUCAUUCUAAUGGAGUUGGAUCCAGGCACCACAACGAGGUGUUCAUUCUAAUGGAGUUGGAUCCAGGCACCACAACGAGGUGUUCAUUCUAAUGGAGUUGGAUCCAGGCACCACAACGAGGUGUUCAUUCUAAUGGAGUUGGAUCCAGGCACCACAACGAGGUGUUCAUUCUAAUGGAGUUGGAUCCAGGCACCACAACGAGGUGUUCAUUCUAAUGGAGUUGGAUCCAGGCACCACAACGAGGUGUUCAUUCUAAUGGAGUUGGAUCCAGGCACCACAACGAGGUGUUCAUUCUAAUGGAGUUGGAUCCAGGCACCACAACGAGGUGUUCAUUCUAAUGGAGUUGGAUCCAGGCACCACAACGAGGUGUUCAUUCUAAUGGAGUUGGAUCCAGGCACCACAACGAGGUGUUAAUUCUAAUGGAGUUGGAUCCAGGCACCACAACGAGGUGUUAAUUCUAAUGGAGUUGGAUCCAGGCACCACAACGAGGUGUUCAUUCUAAUGGAGUUGGAUCCAGGCACCACAACGAGGUGUUCAUUCUAAUGGAGUUGGAUCCAGGCACCACAACGAGGUGUUCAUUCUAAUGGAGUUGGAUCCAGGCACCACAACGAGGUGUUAAUUCUAAUGGAGUUGGAUCCAGGCACCACAACGAGGUGUUAAUUCUAAUGGAGUUGGAUCCAGGCACCACAACGAGGUGUUAAUUCUAAUGGAGUUGGCUCCAGGCACCACAACGAGGUGUUCAUUCUAAUGGAGUUGUGAUUUUUGGAUGCUGCUGUUGUCGUUGCAGGCUGGUAGCAGUUACUCCCCAGAAGAAGCUGUACCGUUAAAAGUUCAGUUAAACCUUAAAAAAAAAGUCAUUUGUCGUCAUUCGCUCCCCUUCGUUUGCAACAAAAGAGUCUAUCUGAAAUGGCACCCUAUUCCCUAUAUAGUACACUACUUUUCAUCGGGAAUCUAUACUGGCUCUAGUGAAAAGUAGUGCACUAUAUAGGGAAUAGGGUGCCAUUUGGGAUACCGGAACACUCGGUGUACAGCCUCUCUAUCCCGUGCGUGUGUGUGUGUGUGUGUGUGUGGUCCGGUGGUUGUGUCAUUACAAAAUAAAAUGUUUGUUGUGGCUUCUAUUAGGAGAAGAAAAUGCCCAUCCUUUUCCAGUUUUAAUGUGAGAAUUUAAUGCAACAAAACCUAUUUUUUCAAACGUAAUUUUGAACAGAAGUUCUAAAAAAAUAUGUCUAUUUUAAUAUUUACUUGUUACAUGACAUGUACAUAUUUGUAAUAUAUAUAUAUAUAUAUAUAUAUAUAUAAUUGAAUAAAUUUUAUUGGUUGUGAAUUCAAA